AUGCUGUCUAGAUUGCAACAAAUACCACUUCAAUACCCAUUCGCUUUUGGUGUAGUUUUAUCAGGAUUCAAGACUUCUUUUUCUGAUCUUCUCGUUCAAAAAGUAAUUGAGAGGCGCCAGGAGAUAGACUGGAAAAGAAAUGCUGCCUUUGCGUCAUUUGGUUUCUUGUAUUUAGGUGGUGUUCAGUACACCCUUUACGUUCCAAUAUUUGGCAGAUUGUUCCCGCAAGCAAGAACAUUUGUCAAACUUGGAUGGCGAGAAAAGAUGAGAGAUACUAAAGGACUGUUUGCAGUAUUUGCCCAAACCUUCCUUGAUCAAUGUGUCCAUCAUCCGUUGAUGUAUUUUCCAGCGUUUUAUUGCACGAGAGAGUUGGUCGUGUCCGAAAAACCGGAUUUCGGCAAGGUAAUCGAUGACUACAGGCGAAACAUGAAAGAAGAUCUGUUGGCAUUGUGGAAGAUAUGGGUACCUGCAACGGCCAUAAAUUUUGCCUUCAUGCCAAUGCAUCUGAGAAUUCCUUUUGUUGCAGGUGUAUCACUUUUAUGGACUGGUGUUUUGUCAGCGAUGAGAGGGGGCGAUAUUGCUCACGGUGAUGAAAUGGCAGGCGGAGCUGUGACUGGUUCAACGUAUCUACUACUGAAGGAAGGCCUCGAUGCUUUCAAUACGACUCCCGUAGAGAUGGACUUGAACAUGAGUCAUUUGAAUAUUUCUGCGGCAGGAAAAAAUAGGGCUGGUUUAGUGGCGAUGUUAUCAAGACAUAUAUCAGACAAUGGUGGAAAUGUCACACAUUCCAAAAUGACGCGUCUUGGAUCGGAAUUCAUCAUCCAAAUGCACGUAGCCGUUCAACCUUUAAAGAGACAGAGUUUCUUGAAGUCCCUGAAGAGCAAACACUUGACCACCGAGCUUGACAUUCAAGCGGUCCAAUUGAGCCAGCGUAGUACAGCGGCCCAUUCGGCCAAAAUGGGAAUGAGAAUUCAUUGUGUUGGGAACGAUAGACCGGGAAUGCUUGCUGCAGUUUCAGAAAAAGUUGCUUCCAAGGGGAUGUCAAUUGAAGAUAUCACGACCAAACUUCGAGUUUCCAAAAGUGGAGAGCGCGAAUUCGUGAUUGAUGCGCUUGUUAGCUCCACAACACUCCUAGACAGAGCUGACCUUGAUCAUGUUAUUCACGAUAUUUCCAGUUUGCAGGAAGAUUUAUCGUUGUCGCACUUCGACGUUCGGGUUCAUACCGCGUGA